AUGUUCAAUACAAAAUGUUUAAUAAUUUUACUAAUUUGCUCCAACAUUAUCAACGGUUUUUUACUAAAAAAGUUAAAUGAUAAAGAAAAUUAUAAAAAUCACAACUUCUACAAGGAAAUAUUAAAUCAAAUCAAAACUCAAAAAACCUAUGAUGGUCUGAUAGUGAUGCAAGAGACAAGGUCGCAAGAUCCAAGAUUGCAAGCGAUUUAUACAUUAAGAGAGCCAAAAAUCAUAUUGACAAAUUCCAGCAGUCUUUAUUACAAGGGACAAUUCAAUAGCGAUAUCAUGACAGUGGUAAUAAUGGAACAGGAAUUUGAGCAAAAAAUGUGGCAUGAUUUUUCAAAUAUUUUAAAUUCUAUGCGUCAAGUAAGAGUUUUAAUUAUUGCUUCGAAUAUUUACAAUAAGGAACAAUUCAAGCGGAAUGUUUUAUUACACUGUGAGAAAUUUAAAUUCACUAAUGUUUUAUUACAUUUUAUAAAUUCAUCUUCUGCUGAUCUGACUCCUGAUUAUUAUCAUUUGAUACCUUAUCCAAAAUAUCACCUGAAAUUAAAACAUUUUGCUAAAGACAGUAAAGAAUACUUUCCCACUCAAUGGUUAGACAUGAAAGGUAAAACUUUACUAACUCUUCCCGAUCAAAAUAUGCCGCGCUCAGUAAUGUACCGUGAUAUUAAAGGACAGCUGCAGUUCAGUGGUUUUGCUGCCAAAUUGAUUUUAUUAUUUGCACAAGUAUUUAAUGCCACUUUAAAAAUGCCCUAUCAGCCAAAAAUUAACGAAGUAAUUCACUACAGUGUACUUUUGAACAUGACCCAGGAGGGAAAGUUGGACAUGCCCAUGAGUGUACAUCCUGUGUUUAGUAGUCGUACCUUAAAACAGCUAUCGUACAUUACAGAAGUAAGUAAGUGGAGGAUUAUGGUACCCUGUGGUCGUAGAAUGAAAGUUAGCCAAGUUUAUGAGGCAAUAUUAAGUCCUCAAUUAUUAUUCAUAGUCAUAUUUUUCACUAUAACAUUUUCCCUUGUUCAUACUGUUAUCGAAAAACUAUUCUAUAAUCAAAUGAUUUGGCAAAAUCUACUAAUGAGUGAUAAAGUUAUACCUGGUAUAUUGGGUCAAUCGUUUGCCUUGAAAAAGUCCAGUUUAAUAAGUCUACGUUUAAUUUAUAUUUUGCUUUUUAUAAUGGGAGUCUAUAAUAGCACAAUAUUUUCGGCACAUUUGCAAACCCUCAUUACCAGUCCACCGUUUCAACGAACCAUUACUACAUUUGAAGAAGUGCGCCAAAGUGGCAACAAAAUACUAAUGAAUAGACUUGACAUUACAAAUAUGGAGGGCAACGAGUACUUGGUCAAGGAGAAAAUGGCGGGAAUCAUAGAAUACACCGACAACGCUACUUUAUACAGUGAAUAUCGUAAAAACUUUAAUACAACUUAUGGUUAUGGAGUCACCACGGGUCUAUGGCAAAUUUUUGCCAACAUUCAAUUGUAUUAUGCUCAAAAGGUAUUUUGUGUUACUGACGACCUGAAUCUUCAAGAUGUAAUACCGUUUGGAGUACCUCUCGGUGAGCAUUCACCAUAUAGGGAGGCCAUGAAUUAUGUAAUACAUAAAGUACAUACUGCGGGUCUAAUAGAUGCUUGGCGUUCCCAAGUCUAUAUUGAUCUAUUGAAAUCGAAAACAAUUACUCUAAGGGACUCGAGUAGAGCCAAAACGUAUGAAGAUUUAAAUGAAGACGAUUUAUUAUUAGUUUGGCUGAUUUUAAUUGUUGGUUUAAUGUUUAGUUCCAAUGGAGGUUCAGCUGUACAAGGAUUUAACACGAAAUAA